UGAAUUUGUUCUGCAAGGAAACGGGGCUGUAUUUUAACAACCCUUCUUUCCUUUACAAUUUCCUCUCUGUUUUCAUUCGAAAUAUAACGAAUCAGAGAAACACGAGAGAUGCAAGAAAUCAACCAUCCAUUUGGUUCCAACAAUGGUGCCGAUAUUGGGUCUUCGGUAUCACAGUUGAUAUUAUCAGCAGGCUCCAAUACCUUAGAUUCAAUAUUCGCUCGCUGUGAACCAUCAACAGCCACCGCCGGCACCGACUCUGUUUGCGAGCCAUUAGGCUCUUCGGUCUAUCUCCGUCAGAGAGAUCUCCUUCAAAAAUUCUGCCAAGGAAACGCUUCGUUUUCGCGUAACUUGGUGGAGACUCAGCUUCGAAACUUCCAAAACCCAGCAUUAGGAAGCGAUUACGUAAGUCCUCAAAAGGCGAAGAAGCUUUACAGGGGUGUGAGGCAGAGGCAGCGGGGCAAAUGGGUAGCCGAAAUCAGACUCCCGCAAAACAGAGUACGAGUCUGGUUAGGCACUUACGAAACGCCCGAGACGGCAGCUUAUGCCUAUGACCGUGCGGCGUAUAAACUCCGAGGGGAAUACGCAAGGUUGAAUUUCCCUAAUCUCAAGGAUCCAACAAAGUUGGGUUUUAGAGAUGAUGCAACGCUGAGUGCUCUGAAGAACGCGGUGGAUGCUAAGAUUCAAGCCAUUUGUCAAAAGGUAAAAAGAGAAAGAGCUAAAAAGAAGGCCAAAAACGGCAACUCCGAUCGUCCUGUUGCUGAAGCCGAGAAAGAUGUCAAGGCAAUGGAACCGUGUUCGUCGUCCUCGUCUGUAUCGGCGGCGGGUUUUAGUGACAAUUUAAGCAGCGAAUUGCUGUCACCAAGUGCAUACGAUGAUAGGUUUGGGAGAUGUGAGAAUUCGCCGUCGUCUGUUCCGAGUGAUUAUACAGUGAUGAUGGCGGAUGAAGCACAGUUUCAGGACUGUUCGCUUGCAAGAAUGCCGUCUUUUGAUGCUGAAUUACUAUGGGAGAUUCUUGCUAAUUAACAUCUUAAUGCUCUCAAUCAUUGGUUUAGGUUCUUGUAGUGUUUUUCUUUAGGUAUUGUCUCUUCGGCCUUUGUUUUUGUAUGGAAGGCAUUAGAUUUAGGGGUUAAGCAUGUUAACUUUUCUCGAGUUGGAAACACACGAAUUUGAGCUAGCCUAAGAUGUUAUUCCCAUG